AUGCACCUGGCAGGCGUAAACGUGUCCCCUGUGCCCUCCCGUAACGUCCGUGUGACCUGUGCUCGACCCGGCUCGCGCGCGCGAUGUCUGCGCGUCUCUGCUGUGGCAAACUUCGUGCGAACCAGUCCUGGACGCGAGGCGGUGCUGUGCCAGAAGUUCAAGGGCCAUGAUUCGGCAGUUGCCGCCUCCCUCGUCUUCGAGGACUCCGAGCAGCAAAAGCUUGUGGUGACGAGCAGCCUGGACAAGUCCCUCCGCCUCUGGUCCAGCAAUGGAAACACCGACUCCCUGUGCUCCGGAGGCUUCACCAAGGCAGCCGACCUCAACCCAGAGGGUGGCCCAAUCUUCAGCCUGAUUGAGGAUGAGCGCUCAUUCGACGGCCUGACCAAUCAGAUCUUCCUCGGCAAGCAGGCUCGCCAGAUCGUGGCCUGGGUGCCGCCGCGUCUGAGCCUAGACGACAAGGUAGUGCUUGGGGACCACAAGGGCUGGGUGAGGGCGCUGGCCACCUCCAGGACGCGCUGGCUCUUCUCCGGCUCCUGCACCCAGCUGCGGGUGUGGGACCUGGGCCGCGCCGUCCCCCGCUGCGUGGCCACCGCCAGCGUCGACCGCGGCGACAUCGUGUGCCUCGCUGCCAACGGCGACGCGGUGUAUGCCGGCACCGCCGACGGCUCAAUUUGGAUGUGGAGCGUGGGCAAGAAGGGCGAGCUCAAGUGCCUGAAGACCUGGCGCGGCGCGCACGCCGAUCGGGUGACUGCCCUCGUGCUGCGAGGGGAGACGCUCUACUCCGCCAGCUACGACGGCAGCAUCAAGGCCUGGUCUGCAGAGGGCCUGGACCUGCUCAUCCCCCUGGAGGCCGCGCACUGCGGCCAGCGCAUCAACUGCAUGACGGCUGGGCCGGACGGCCUCCUGUACAGCGGCGGCGACGACAAGCUCCUGCGUCGCUGGGUCCCGUCGCUGCUGAUGCCCGCGGCUGCGGCGCUGCACUGCCACCACCACAGCGUGCGCAGCAUCGCGGCAGGCUCCAGCGAGCUGCUCGUCUCCGGGGACAAGAGCGGAGAGCUGGCCAUCUGGAAGCUGGCGGGGCCCAGUAGCGCGCUGAGCCCCUGA